AUCAAAACUGUUUCAACGUCUUCGUCUUUUUAAUAACUAUCGAGGCAUUCGAUCAAGCACUCAGGAAUCUCUUGAACAGCAAACAUACUUGAAAAAUUGGCAGAAACAAGCAGCAAAAGACAAUACACCAAACGUCGUCAAAAUACACAAUGAAAUAAAACUAACUAAAACCGUGAGUCAAGAUUAGAAGUCAACAAGAUACAACCAAAGACAUUUACUGGAAGAAUUUUCGGUCAGUUUUCAGAUAUUCUAUAUCAUUAACCAUAUCAUACUGUGUUUAUUAAUGAUGGAAAACUGGACUAGAUCACAAAACAGCAUGCUAUAAGAAGCUGUUGGGGAUACAACCAACGAGACAAAAAGUGAAAAAGUCUAACUAAAAGGAAAGGAAUCAAUUUAGCUAUUGAGAUGGAUGAUUGUGAGGAACCGCGUUCACCAACUGAUAACCAUAACGAAAAUAAUCCUAAAGAAAAUGACACUGGAGAUGAAACAAAGGCAUCUACCCAUAAUCAACAAGAGCAAUCUGAGCCACAAGACAAUGAAGCAUCACCAAAACCAGAGAAUGACAUUGAAAUUAAUGACACGGGUAUAUCUCACCAACAAAAUCCUCCAAGCAGUAAAUCGCCUACUGCCAAAACAUCAUUUUCUGUCACAGACAUUCUGAAUCCUGUAAAGUUCCGUGGGACAAGUUUGGACUUACAAAAGAUCUGGAACCCGUGGGGGGAACUCAUGCACCAUUCGAACAUACAUAGCAUGCACAAAGAAAGAGAGACAGACGACAGAGAUGAUCACGUGGUCGGCAGAGAGGAAGACCCGGAUGAAAGUGAUGAUGACAUAAUGAAGGAUCCCAUGAGCCCGGGAGGGGGAAAAGCAGGAAAACCAAGACGCGCACGCACCGCAUUUACAUAUGAACAAUUAGUUGCACUGGAAAACAAAUUCAAACAGACUCGUUACUUAUCAGUGUGUGAGAGACUGAAUUUAGCUCUAAGUCUGAGCCUAACAGAGACACAGGUCAAAAUCUGGUUCCAGAACAGAAGAACUAAGUGGAAAAAACAGAAUCCUGGAAUGGACGUUAACAGCCCGACAGUACCCCCAUCACCCCCUUCUAGCUUCCCUUCAGGCUACCCCCAUAGUCUAUUCUACCCCUACCCCAUGCAUCAUUACACCGCGUUCUCACCCACAUACCUACUCAACCAGGCGAAAUUACUACAAGCCAGCGGCGUACCCUCAUCCUUACUACCCCAUGUUCCUCGGUUAUAACUUACCCCACACAACCCGACCUAAAUGAUUAAGAGUAUAAAAUAUGUUUUUUAUUAACAGAAUAGAGCUAAAAUCUUGACAUAUUUGUGAGACACGGGCGUGGUCAGAUUCUCAAAAGAGCCGAGGCAAUUUUAAUUGGCGAUUCAAAAUUUAGUUUUUUGAUACGUCUGAAUUAAUAUUUUCUGGCUGACCCAUUCCUGGUUACUCCCUUGUAAAAAAAUAUGUUUUUGAUCUGUACUACGCUUAUUACAAGUGUGUUAUUUCAAUUAUUGAAAUAUAUCAUUUAGGCUAUCCUGAUCCAGGGAGCUGUUACUCAAGGAAAUGUUAUCAUUUGAUUCAAAUAUAUUCCAUCUUGCAAUUGAACGUCAGAGUGUAAAUUUAUGUGAUGUUACAUGAAAUUUAUCAGAAUAACUAGGGGUUCGUUUUUUGGUACAAUUGUAACGUAUUCUGAUCUACGUUUUCAGCUCUAUAUUGUUAUUUACUGUAAUGUAGAACUCACUUUCCGAGUAACGGACCCCUGUCUAUUGUAACGGGAUAACUUAAAGGUAUUCUCUCAACAAAUUACAGAAUCAUAUCAUUAAGCGUUUGUUUUAAUUUGUUACCUCAAAAAUUAUUUAUGUUUAAUGUAAAUAAAAUAUAUUAUGGAA